AUGAAGGUGGAGGAAGAAGAUGGGGAAUGGCAGAGUGUGCAAAUGGAGAGAGACCAUGUUGUGAAAGAUGAAGAGGGAUUCUGGAAGGGGGAAGAAAAAGAGAGGGAUGGACACGGGGAGGGACGUGUAACUGAUCAAGUAGCCCAAACUCAGAAUUCGGUGAAGAACGGAGUAAAACCAGAACAUGGAAAACAAGAAGGGUGGGAGCUUUCUAAUCUGGUCACUUCCUGUCUGCUAAAACAGCCUAGAGUGCUGAUUCAUCGACUUGAAAUUGCCAAUAUUUCAGUUUCUGGGUCAUCACCUCUUCGUUCCAUGGCCUAUAAAAGAGAUCAGCGAGCAGCAUCUCCAUGGAGACCGCAUGAGCUCUCAGCACUGAGAGGAAACAGAUCACUGAGACAGAAGGGUCAGGUCGUGACCUGGAAGAGGAAGACCGUUGGCCAGUUGGAGAGACCCCUGAAACUGCUUCCAUCUUCAUCAGAGAACGGGAUCUGUGCUGAAACCUCCCUAAUUUCUCCUGUCAUCUCCCCCAAGAAUCAUCAAAACACAGAGCAAGCUGCUGAGAUGUUGUCUCAGGUCUUUGCCUGCUCCCAGUGCCCAUUCGUUCACACAGAGGAAGUGAAUCUUCACCAGCACAUUGAGAAGGUUCACCCAGAGGAGCUCAGCAAGACAGUGGGGUCCCAACAACCUUCCAGCAGCACACAUCAGCACCCCACCCCCCCCAAGACACUCCCCACCCCAGCACAGUCCCACACAAGCACUCCAUGGUCCCAGUGUGGGAAGAGUUUAAUAUACAAAUCACAGCUGAGAACAGAGAAGAAAAUGAAAAAAAAAGAGCGGACAUUUCAGUGCUCCCAGUGUGAGAAGAGUUUUGCUUGGGCAAAUAAACUGAGAGUACAUCAGCGAACUCAUUCUGGUGAACGGCCAUACCACUGCUCCCAUUGUGGGAGGACUUUUGCACAGUCAAGUACUUUGAAGCAACAUCAGCGAACUCAUACAGGGGAGCACCCAUACCACUGCUCCCGGUGUUGGAGGAGUUUUGCUCAGUCAAGUACUUUGAAGCAACAUCAGCGGACUCAUACAGGGGAGCACCCAUACCAUUGCUCUCAGUGUGGGAAGAGUUUCAGUCGAUUAAGUAGCCUAAAACUACAUCAGCGAACUCAUACAGGUAAGCGCCCACAUCACUGCUCCCAGUGUGGGAAGAGUUUUACUCAGUUGAGUAUUUUGAAUCGACACCAGCAAACUCAUACUGGUGAGCGCCCCUACCAGUGCUCCCAGUGUGGGAAGAGUUUCUGUCAGGCAAGUGACCUGAGAAAACACCAGCCAACUCAUACAGGUGAAAGGCCAUACCAUUGCUCUCAGUGUGGGAAAAGAUUUACUCAGUUGUAUAAUUUGAAGCAACAUGAGCAAACUCAUACCGGUGAACGGCCAUACCACUGCUCCCAGUGUGGGAAAAGAUUUACUCAGUUGAGUACAUUGAAUCGACACCUGCAAACUCAUACCGGUGAGCGCCCCUACCAGUGCACCCAGUGUGGGAAGAGUUUCUGUCAGGCAAGUGACCUGAGAAAACACCGGCCAAUUCAUACAGGUGAAAGGCCAUACUAUUGUUCCCAGUGUGGAAACCUUUUCACUCAGUCAAGCAGUUUGUAUCGACACCAGAGAACCUGUACCAGUGUGAUAAAAAGAAUGUAGGAAGUUGUACUCUGACUCUGGAAGUACCCCAGCGAAUCCCAAGCGAUGGUUCUGUCCCGCCUGGACUACUGCAAUUCCCUCUUGGCUGGCCUCCCAGCAUCUGCCAUCAGACCCCCCCAACUUAUCCAGAAUGCAGCAGCUCGUCUGGUCUUCAAACUUCCCAAAUACUCACACGUCACCCCCCUGCUUACUUCCCUCCACUGGCUGCCUGUCAUGGCUCGCAUCAAAUUCAAAACAUUGGUGCUAGCCUUCCAAGCAGUUAAGGGGUCUUCCCCAGCUUAUCUACAAAAAAUCAUCAGACCCUACACCCCUGCCAGACCUCUUCGCUCAGCCUCCACAGGCCGCUUGGCACCUCCCCCUCUCCGAACCUCCACCUCACGCUCACGACUACUGUCUGUUCUGGCUCCACGGUGGUGGAACGAACUCCCCGUUGAGGUCAGAACUGUAGAAUCUCUCCCCACCUUCACGCGCAAGCUGAAGACACACCUCUUCAAGCAGCACCUCUCCCCAUCCCUCCCUACCUCCCUGUGAACCUUAAUUGUUGUC